UAGAACUUCGAUCGCACUAUAAACCUUAAAGAACCCAAUUGCUUACUUCCAGUUUGACGAAAAAUCUUCAAUUCAAGUAAAGAAAAUCCAUCAAUUUCAUGCAAGAACUUGUAUACAUAUACAUAUAAGCAUUUCAUAUAUAUAGAUAUAUAUACAUGUAUAUAUAUGCUCUUUUGAUUGUGCUGAUCACCGUUUGAAAACCUUUUUAAGUUUUUGUGUUCUUGUUUUUUAUUUUGGGAAAAUGUCGAAUUCGGGUCGGAGCCGGGUCCCGAAGGACAGAUUUUAUAGCCCGCCGGCGAUGAGAAGACACCAUCAGCAGCAACAGCAGCAACAGCAGCAGGAGCAGCAAAUAGAACCCACACAACUUGAAGAAAAGCAGGAGCAAUCGGAGUCUUUGAUGAGUAGUAGCAGAAGCAGGAAUAUUGCGAUGACUAAUUUGGACCGGUUCAUGAAGCAUACUACUCCAAUUGUUACUGCCCAGCAUUUCCCUAAGACUAGCAUGAAGGGAUGGAAGAAGCAUGAAGAUGAUUAUCACCCGUACUUCAUACUUGGCGAUCUUUGGGAAUCCUUUAAGGAAUGGAGUGCAUAUGGAGUUGGAGUUCCUCUAGUGUUAAAUGAGCGAGACUGUGUUGUUCAAUACUAUGCACCAUCCUUAUCUGCCAUUCAACUAUAUGUGGAUCCAUCAGCACCUACAAUGAGCACAAGACGGCCGGGUGAGGAUAGUGACUAUGAGUCAUCUAGAGCAACUAGCAGUGAUGGCAGCUAUGAAGCAGGUGCAGCCAUCAUCCAUGGACCAAGGGCCACAAAAAACAUCGAUUAUGUUGCCAAGAGCUUCAAUAAACUCAUGCUUAGAGAUGAUUUUGUGGGAUGUGAUUCUGAUGAAGGCGAGAUAAGAAACCCUCCAGGCCUUCUGAUCUAUGAAUAUUUUGAACGCACUUCACCGUUUCAGCGUCCUCCUUUGGCGAACACGAUAUCAGAUCUUGAAACCAAGUUUCCGGAACUGAAAACAUACAGGAGCUGUGAUCUGACUCAGUCAAGCUGGCUUUCCGUGGCUUGGUAUCCCAUUUACAGAAUACCUGUCGGUCCAUCUCUCCAAAAUGUCGAUACAAGUUUCUUGACUUUCCAUUCGUUGUCAACACCGUUAAGAAGUACAGAUGGGGAUUGGGUGCACCCUCAUGGGUCUACUGCUAGGGAGGUUCAUGAAGCCAGAAUGCCAUGUCGGCUAUCGUUACCAAUCUUUGGUCUGGCAGUCUAUAAGUUCAAGAAUUCUGAUUGGACCAAAGAUGGAGUUCAUGGAAAUGAAAAAAUCAGCUCCCUCAUACACUCAGCUGACAAUUGGCUCCGGAGAAUGGAUGUUCAUCACCCAGAUUACGUGUUUUUCAAAAAUCACUAGCUACUGGCGGUGUAAGAAUCUGCUCUGAAACCUCUUGACAGAAAAGGUUUAAACUGACUAGGAGAGUCCAGAUUUGGAUUAUGCAAAUCGAUAUAGUAGUUUUUUUUUCUUCCUUUCGUUAAGGUUUCGUUAAACGAUGAAACUUUUGUAUGAUGGGGCUUGCUUCUGUUCUACAACGAUGAUGACGACGAUUUGCUAGUUCUAUAGCUUUGUACAAACCUGAUCAGCAGCAUGUGUAACUAAAAUAGAAACUAAUUUUGGCAUA